AUGAGCGAAAGGCAUGAAAAGAAUGAAGAGGGUGUUAGCGUCGGCCAUUAUGAUGACGAUGGGAACAAUGUUACUGGUUUUAUUGUCGUUGCUGACAGUUAUUAUGCUAAUGACUAUGAUGAGGAUGAUGGUGGUUUUGAUCCUCGUGAUGAUGGCCGUGUUGAUGUCGCUGUAAAUGGUCCUGCCCACAACCAUAGCCGCGACUCUGCUGACGACGAUGAUCAGAUAAUGAAGGGUAAGAGUUCUAAGAAAUUUUUGCAGACAACGACUACAAGUUCGUUAAUAAAUUGA